AUGGCCACGUUACAACGGACCAAGAUAGUCCUCCUUGAUGCUUCCGAUGGCGGAGAUGCUGUUGACGUCGGAUCUUGUACCGAUGAUCUUUAUUCUGACCUUGGAGCCCUUCAUGAUAACCUGGUCUUCGCUGAUGUAGGCUGGCGGCGUUCUGGAGGGAGUGUAUUUCAUGUCUUUUGGAAUGAGAUGUUUCGAGAUAAACACAGAAAGAGGCCCCACGUCGGCGAAAAAGCCCAUAUUAUUCACAGACGACACUAUUGCGUCCACCACUUCUCCCUUGAACGGUUUCCAAACCACCGCACGGUACUUGACCUCGAACUCGGCGUAGCCCUGUUGACCAGGCACGAUUUUGCCCUUUCCAACGUCGAUGCUCAUGCUGUCCAGCACACAGACAAUGUAUCCAAAUUGGCCCGUGCAAGUGCCCUCCACGUCCGUGAGCAGCUUCUGUUGCAAGUACUGGUUCAUCUGAGGCCCGAAGUAGGACGGAUGGAGCGUCAAAUUGAGCGAGAGGUCUUUGAUGAAAAACAUGGUGUUUUGUAA